GGAAGACCGGCUGGGUCGUCGUCUGCCAUUCUCAUUAGUGUUGGCAAAAACGGGAGGAGUGGAUUCGUCUGAUCAGUGUUACUGCUUUUGCCCAACAACGCCCAACCUAGAUGAUCUGAUCAGGCAACAGCUGUCAAAUUGGAGUUGUAAAUAAAAUAAACAAAGCGAUGAGGAAUGCCGCUCGGUCUUUUUGAACAGAAUUCCGUUUUUAAGUACUGUAAAGCAUAUUUCACAUUGAGUGUAAGUAGAUAACAUAGGAAUGGAUAAACCUACAAGCGGCGUGGGCAAACUGAAAACCCACAAAAAACGCAUCGCUACCACGAGCCGGUUUAAGGGAGGAAAGGGCAUAGAAAACAAGGAAAGGUGGACUUCUAAGAACAUUAUGAAGCUCAUUGAAAACCUCCACAAGUUUCCCAUCUUGUGGGAUCCGCAGCAUCCGGAGUAUAAAGUGAGGAGCAAAAGACUCCAAGCCUGUGUCGAGUUGGCAAACAUCUUCCUCGUUUCUAUUGGAGACAUUAAGAAGAAAAUUGAAAACUUACGAACAGUGUACAACAGGAACCGCAAUGCUAUCCAAUGUAAGAGUGCCCUUGGUGAAGUUACAGCCACAAAGUGGUUCGCUUACGACGCAAUGGAUAACCUGCUUGGUUCGACGUACGAACCAAUCAUUUUUCAAGGAGUGGAGUCGGAAUGGAAGGAUUCCAGCUUUCUAAACGAGUGCGAAGAGGAUGAAUCGCAAUCUGCUAUAACAUCUUCUUCACCGAGCCGUAAGGGUAAACGUAGUGAUCCGGAAGAGGAACCGUCCAACGCUACAACCAACACUACAAAAAGCUCCAAUUCCGCUAUCUCCAAUUGCGAUUCGGUGGAACUCGGAUGUGCCUUUUUGGCAACAAUAUUGAGGACCUCGAAAAGGUCCGAGUCGGACAAACUAAAAUUCAUGUUUCACAUGCAGAAAUGUUUUUAUGAGUUUGAAAAAGGAAGCUUAAAUAUGAAUUAAUCGCGCUUUCUUACAGUCGAAGCAUUAAGUUGUUAAUUAACCUAUUCAAUAUUUCAAAAUAUAGUAUGGAUUCGUUGCAUAAGAAAGUAUGGAUUGGUAUUACGUUGAAAUUCAACCGUUUAGUGAAGCUAUUUUUUUCUCAAGUUUUUAUAAACCUGCCGUGACGGUUGUAAUAAUUGCAAUUAAUUUGAACACUGAAGUGAAACAUCAAUCCCUUCGUUUUGCUCCAACCAACUCAUAAAUAGGGCGACUGAUCAGGCUUGAAGGUUUGUUCCCAAUUCAAUUCGAAAGGUUGGUCAAUCGAUUUAGCAAAGAAGGCGAUAUAGAAGGAAGAUAGAGUCUGUCACAGCGGGCGUUUUCAGCAAAAACUGUUAGUAGUAUAAUUUACCGACAAAGUUCUAUUCACUACCGAACAAAUAAGUAAUUUUCUGCAAAACAACUUUGUUUCAAUUACUGAAAUGUAUUUUUUGAAACUACUUAUCACUAGAUAAUUUAGCUUUUAGCAAAUAAAUACUCUACAA